AUGGCCGCAACAGAAGAUAUUACUCUUCAAGAGCUCCAUGUCUCGUCUCAGCACCGUCUCGAGGAGCAUGCUGGCCAGGCAAACUUAGAAGACACGAUGCAAGGCAAAGAACACAAGCCGAGUGAGCCGCUACACGAUGAGCAAGAGGAGUGGAUGCCAUCGAGGAAGUAUCAGACAGCUCUGCUCGCGGCUGGAUUUGCGAUGACUUUCCAUGUCAUCGGGAUUAACUCCAUCUACGGUAUCUUCCAGGAAUUCUACACAUCUCCAGCAACGAACAUCAAAGGCACUCAAGGCCAAGACGCGUUGGUGUCACUCGUUGGAACGAUAGGUACCGGUCUAACCUGGAGCGGCAGCAUCUUCGUGAACCCCCUCAUCACUCGUGUUAAGCACAUUCAGUGGAUCAUGCUCUCCGGCGUCCUCAUCAUGAGCCUUGGCAUAUUCCUUGCUAGCUUCAGCACAGAGCUCUGGCAUCUGUACUUGACGCAGGCGCUUGUCUACGGUGUCGGCGCCUCGCUUUACUACUUCCCCAUUCUCGCGUUGACCCCAGCAUAUUUCGACCAGCACCGUGGCUUUGCGCUCGGGUUCAUCUUGUCAGGUUCCAGCGUCGGGGGUCUCAUUCUGUCUCCCGUUAUGAGCGCGCUCAUAUCUCAUCUCGGUGUCGGCUGGGCACUGAGGAUCCUUGGCAUUUGGAACCUCGUCGUCGGAGUACCAGUAUCAUUCGUUGUGAAGAAGCGGGGGAACGUAUACAACUCAAGGCGCACCAGAGUGGACUUGAAUGUCGCGAAGCGUGGAGCGUUCAUCUGGCAGGCAUUUGGCGCGUUCCUGCAAGCAGGCGGAAAUGUGGUUCCCACGUAUUUUCUCACCACCUACUCUGUAUCCGUGCUCUCAUACUCUUCAAGCAAGGCCUCUCUCCUAUUGUCCAUUAAUAACGCGGUGAACAGCGUUGCACGUAUAACAAUGGGGAUCAUUGCCGACAGAGUCGGCCGGCAGAACACACUGAUCGUCAGCGUCAUUCUAUCUGCGAUUUCUGUCCUGACGCUUUGGCCAUUCGCGCCGCGUCCGCGCUUCAUUGCCUUCAUCGUCUCGUACGGUGUGCUCGCCGGCGGGUAUAACGCGCUCCUGCCCACGACAAUCGCCGAAGUGUACGGCGUGCAGCACUACACGAGCGUGAAUGGUUUCAUCUAUUUCAUCCGCGGCAUGGGCGCGCUCUUAGGCGCGCCGCUCGCGGGCGUCAUUCUUGGGAGCCACCAGCGCGGGCUCGGAACGUACACACCGAGUGGGACGUCGGCGAUAGACUUGCACAUGCUGAGGACGAAGUAUAACCAGGUUGCGAUGUAUGACGGGGCAGUGCUUCUCGCAGCGGGACUCUGCGUUGCAUAUGUCAGGUGGUCGGACGCAAGGUACAAGGGGCGGUGGCAAUGGAUAGCCUGA